GCUCGCGGAGUUUUGCGCCGCCCAGCGCGAAGACUGGCUGAACCGGUCGGUUACUUCGGCCGAGGCCGUCGUGCAGGACUGGGGGCGCAGCGACAGCGCCAUCCUGUUCGAGGAUAUGUUGAGCAUGCUUGUUGGCGAUAGCAUGGGCAUCCACGUCCCGAGCCAGAAGAACGCGCUGCACCAGAACACCGCCCCA